CGAGAGAGGGCGGAAGUGUGCGUUCCACGCCUCUCUCUCGUCCUGUACUGACUGUAGCAGGAAGUGGACAUGGCACGGUGAUGACUGCAGGCUGCUGGUAGAUGACAGAUGGCGACAAUAGACAGAGAGGUUGCUGCCCGGGUGGUGCUUCAGCAGUGUCUACACGCCAGGUUGCAGGUUAGACCUCAGGAUGAAGACUCUGAUGCUGAAUGGGUGGAAAUACAAAGGGGUAUGGUUGUGUAUGUCUGCUUUUUUAAAGGAUCAACAAAAGAUUUAAUUCCAAAAAUGGUGAGCUCUCUACUAAAUGUGAAAUUGAGCGAAUCUGAUUCUGGAAAACGCGUGUCCAUCACAGAACUCCCAGGAGAUGUACUCAUUGUUCCUCAGGCUACACUUGGAGGAAAGUCAAAGGGCCGCUGCAUGCAGUAUCAUUCAAAUGCAGACAAGGAGCUAGGCAUGGAGUUAUAUGCCCUUCUCAUAGCUCAGUACCAGAAGGAACUAGAAGCUCAUCCCCAAUGGUCAGAGUCUGGUACUGUGCUGCGUUAUGGAACUUAUGGAAACAGGCAGGUUUUGACGCUUGACACUAAUGGACCCUAUACACACUUACUGGAAUUCUGAAUAUUUACUAACACAAUAUUGAAACAGCACGUAACUUAUAUAAGGGAACAGUCGCACAACAGAUUUUACAGUGGAAUUUUGGUGCGGACUGCCACGCUGAAAAACCACCUGCAGCAUUGUCCUGUCUGCCUCCCAUACAUCUCAAUCGGAGGCAGCUCUGAUAUAUCCCUUCUUGGUGAGGCUGGGCCUUAAAGAGAACCUUUCAUCAAUUUAGCCCUAGUCUAAUUAUGGUCUUACCUUUUAUAGGGCGGCCCCAACUGAUGCCAUGGCACUUAAUUUUUUUUCCCAAAGACCCCCCACCCUGUUCAUCUGCCGUUGGCUGCGUUGAUUUCCGCUCUUUAUAUUAUAAGGAGUUGACUCUUAUAUUCUCCCUGUGCUCUUCUCCCUGGCUGUGAGUACAUCCAAUCAGAGCGCACCGCUCUUAGCCAGGGAGAAUGAGCUUCCUCCCUGGCUAAGAGCGAUGUGCUCUGAUUGGAUGCGCUUCUACCUGCGUAAGAGCGGCCAGCAGCGGACGAACGGGGGGGUCUUUUGAAAAAAAUAAAAAGUGCAUCAGUGGGGCAGCCCUAUAAGAUAAGACCAUAAUUAGACUAGGGCUAAACUGAUGAUAGGUCCUCUUUAAGCUGCCACUCCGCAAUCCUCAGUGAUGCUUCCCAUUGAAAUGAAUGGGAGUCAGAAAGGCCAUUGCGUCAUUCUGGCGGAAUUUCACUGCGGCUAUCUGCUCCAGAAUUCCGCUGUAAAAUCUCGUGUGAAUGUCCCCUAACAGUGUAACAUGAAGACCUAUGGUAAAUAAGUAUUUAUUUAGAUAAAUAUCUAACUUUACCUCCCAGGUAUCAUAACAUACUUCUAGUCUGUUAUAUCUAAUAAUUAUGCAUUCAUGAAUGUUUAAACUGGUUUUCCAGGACCUAGGAUAGGUCAUCAAUGUCUGAUCUUUAGAAUUUAGGGGUUUUAGCAGUGUGCCUUGCACUGCAGCUCAGUCUGAUUUAGCUCCAUUCACUAGUCUGCAAUUCAGUUCUGCAUUUUGCGGAACAGAAUUGUGGACCCAUUCAUUUCUAUGGGGCCGCACUAUGUGCUGCCUGGAUCCGCACUUCCGGGUCUGCAAUUCCGUUCCCGAAAAAAAUAGAAC